GCGCUCUGCUCUCACAUAGAAUCGGUGAACACACACAUAGAGAGAGAGAAAGAAAGAUGUCAACUUCCGAACAAGAUCGCCGCCAUCGUCCCUCACGCAACCGUCACCAACCACCAGUUACUCCUCCUCGAACAAAAAUCUCCAAACGUGUGCUUCUCCGAGUAGCCUCCGUAGCCUGCGGGAUACAGUUCGGGUGGGCCCUCCAGCUCUCUCUACUCACACCAUACGUGCAGGAGCUAGGGAUACCGCACGCUUGGGCGAGCGUGAUCUGGCUAUGCGGUCCUCUCUCUGGCUUGUUCGUGCAGCCGCUCGUUGGACACAGUAGCGACAGGUGUGCGAGCAAGUACGGUAGGAGGAGACCGUAUAUAGUAGCGGGAGCAGUGGCGAUCGCGGUGGCGGUUAUGGUGAUAGGACACGCGGCGGAUAUAGGGUGGGCGUGUGGGGAUGGAGAAGGGAAGGUGAUAAAGCCGAGGGCGAUUGUGGCGUUUGUGUUUGGGUUUUGGAUUCUUGAUGUUGCUAAUAAUAUGACUCAGGGUCCUUGUAGAGCUCUCCUCGCUGAUCUUACUGAGAAUGAUAAUCGCAGAACCAGAGUAGCAAAUGGCUACUUCUCUCUAUUUAUGGCUAUUGGCAAUAUACUUGGCUACGCUACUGGAUCAUACAACGGUUGGUACAAGAUCUUCCCUUUCACCAAGACCGUUGCAUGCAAUGUGGAAUGCGCUAAUCUGAAGUCUGCAUUCUACAUAGACGUAGUCUUUAUUGCAAUAACCACCAUCCUAAGUGUCACAGCUGCUCAUGAGGUGCCUCUUGCUUCACUAAAUUCUCAAUCACACGGGCAAACCAGUGGAACAGACGAAGCUUUUAUCACUGAGAUACUUGGCACUUUCAGAUAUUUUCCAGGGAGUGUCUGGAUAAUCUUGCUUGUUACAGCUUUGACAUGGAUUGGUUGGUUUCCAUUUAUUCUGUUUGAUACUGAUUGGAUGGGUCGAGAGAUCUACGGUGGUGAACCGAACCAAGGUUCUUUGUAUAGUUCCGGGGUUAGUAUGGGUGCGCUUGGUUUGAUGUUGAACUCUGUUUUCCUUGGGAUCACUUCGGUGCUUAUGGAGAAACUUUGUAGAAAGUGGGGGGCUGGUUUUGUUUGGGGUGUAUCAAACAUCGUUAUGGCUGUUUGCUUUCUUGCAAUGAUGGUUACUUCAUUUGUUGCGUAUCACAUUGGCUAUAUUGGUCAUGAACAACCACCUGCUGGCAUUGUAAUUGCUGCAUUAUUGAUCUUUACAAUCCUGGGCAUCCCAUUGGCAAUAACUUACAGCGUCCCAUAUGCAUUGAUAUCCAUACGUAUCGAGUCCUUGGGACUAGGUCAAGGCUUGUCUUUGGGUGUGCUGAAUUUAGCUAUAGUCAUUCCACAGGUAAUUGUGUCUGUUGGAAGUGGUCCUUGGGACCAACUAUUUGGAGGUGGGAACUCACCGGCACUUGCAGUUGGAGCAGCUGCAGGGUUCAUUGGCGGAAUUGUAGCCAUCUUGGCUAUUCCGAGAACAAGGAUUCAGAAGCCCAUCCCUCUUCCAUAAUAUCCUCUCUUUUUUUGCUUAAAAACGAGUUCAAGCGAGGAACUCAUCAAGAGAUCGAGCAUGGUGGAAGGAGAUGCACCAUUUUGUGUGUUGUUCCUUGUCGGAUUCAUGCAAUGGUUUCUCGUCUGACUAACUUAUUUGCAGCUUCUAGGACCUAACACCUCUUCUGCGUUGGGUCUAUGAUCCUUGUGUACGUACAUGAGGAGCUAUAGAAGUUUACCAACGAAAUAAUAACACCUCAUUAAAAGUUUGUGAGGUAAUAUGCAUCUCUCCUUUGUUGGAAGCACCCAAAUCGGGUUCUUCUCUGUUUGUUUUGUUGUUUGGCUGAAGCUUUUACCAGUUUACUACCACGUAAUUGUAAACUAUAACAUGUGUACAACUGAGAGUUUGUUAAGGAGACCGAAUUUUCU